AUGUUGGCUUCUAAAACCCAGCUGGUAAACCCUUGUCUAAACCUGAUCUCAUUCCCUCCUUCCCCAAAACCCUGCAACCUCCCCAACACCCUCACCUUCUUCCGCCCCAAAUAUCCACCGCACUCGCACUCGCACUCACUCUCAAUCAAAGCCCAACACCCGGCUCAUACCACUCCAGGUCAGCUCCGGGUCGACAUUCUCUCCGAAUCCCUACCCUUCAUCCAGAAAUUUCGAGGCAAAACCAUCGUCAUCAAGUACGGCGGCGCCACCAUGAAAGACGAGACCCUCCAAGCCCCCGUCAUCAGAGACCUCGUCCUCCUCGCUUGCGUCGGCCUCUGCCCCAUUCUGGUCCACGGCGGCGGCCCCGAGAUCAACCUCUGGCUCAAGCGCCUCAACAUCGAGGUCAACUUCCACGAUGGCCUUCGUGUCACCGACGCGCCCACCAUGGAGAUCGUCUCCAUGGUCUUGGCCGACAAAGUCAACAAGCAUUUGGUCUCCUUGAUCAACCGGGAAGGAGUCAAGGCCAUCGGCCUCUGCGGCUCCGACGGCGAGCUCAUCACCUCCCGCCCCGCCCCCAACGCCGCCAAGUUAGGGUUUGUCAGUAAAGUUAUAGGUAUGAGCUGUGGUGUCCGACUUGUGCUGCAUGAAUAA